AUGUUUGAAGAUAUUCUUUCGGCAACGAUUCGCGGGGCGACACCGCUCCUACUUGCAGCUUUAGGUGAGGUAGUCUCCCAACGUGCCGGUGUGCUUAACAUCGGUAUUGAAGGGAUGAUGCUCAUCGGCGCAUUCUUUGGGAUGGUAGGUUCCUUUUACAUGGCAGAAUUCGCGGUGUUCGCACCGUGGUUCGGGCUUUUAAUGGCAGGUCUCAGCGGUCUUAUUGCUGCCGCGCUCUUUGCGUUGUUUGCCAUCAGGUUCCGUGGCGAUCAAGUUAUCAUCGGCACAGCGAUGACGCUUUUGGCAUUAGGUUUGACGGAGGUCAUCUAUCAACGGCUCUUCGGCGUAACCGGAAUCGCACAAGGCGUGCCAGCGUUCCCGCAAAUCGACAUUCCACUGCUCUCAAAAAUCCCUUACGUGGGACGAUCCCUGUUUUCACACAAUAUUCUCGUCUACAUCACGUUUCUCCUAUUGCCUUGUGUCUAUUUUUUCCUCUACCACACACAACUGGGGCUCAGGAUACGUGCUUGUGGCGAGCAUCCGAAGGCGAUCGCCACUACUGGCUCUAAUGUGCUCCGUUUGAGAACGUUUUGUCUGCUAUUCGCCGGUGCGAUGGCGGGUAUGGCAGGUGCAUAUCUUUCCAUUGCCGAUGUCCCCUACUUUACACCCGGGAUGACAGUCGGACGCGGGUUCAUCGCUCUGGCGAUCGUUAUCUUUGGAAAAUGGCAUCCUGUGAAAGCAUGUGGUGCUGCACUACUCUUCGGACUCGGUUCAGCACUCGAUGCGCGGUUCCAAGCACUGGGAUGGGGCAUCCCUUACCAGUUGUGGUUGAUGUUGCCUUAUGUCCUCUGCUUAGCGGUCAUGGCAGGAUUUGUUGGACGCGCUGAGGCACCCCUCGCGUUAGGAAAACCCUACGGAGAGUCAGAAUAG